ACUUGGAGUCAGACACGAUCGGGGAAUGGACUUGCUAGACUCACUCUCGUUGUGAACAACAGGACACUAAAACACAUUUAGACUGAAAAACUCCUCAGAAAAAGCAAGAUGCCCGCGAACCAGACUCGAUCCAGGGUGAGGGAGCGUAACAACGUGCUGAACCGACCGGAGUUCAUGUCCCUAAACCAGCCUUUAAAGAACGCUAGCGCUGAAGCGCGCGGCGGCGGCGCGCGGAGGAUGUCGCAGCAGAGACCACAACCAUGCCAACGCCAGCAGAGUGAGAACGCACAGCAAGAGUCCACCGAGAAUAAUAAAAAGGAGUUGCCAGAAGAAGACUGCAUGCAGUUGAACCCAUCGUUUAAAGGAAUUGCUAUGAACUCCCUUCUGGCCAUAGAUAUCUGCAUGUCCAAGAGGUUCGGCGUGUGCGCGCACAAGACAUCGUCGUGGGGGAGCGUGCGCUCUAUGGUUAAUCUGCUCGCGCUCACCGGCCAUGGCAUUCCGUGGAUUUUCGGUACACUUGUGUGUCUCACGAGGAGCAACACACUGGCGGGUCAAGAGGUUUUGGUCAAUUUGCUGUUAGCUCUUUUGCUGGAUGUGAUGACUGUAGCAGGCAUGCAGAAGCUAGUUAAGCGCAAAGGGCCCUGGGAAAUGGCACCCAGUUUCCUUGACUACCUGGCCAUGGACAUGUAUUCUUUCCCAGCAGCCCAUGCAAGCAGAGCAGCCAUGGUAUCUAAAUUCCUGUUAGCACACUUGGUGCUUGCAGUUCCUCUGCGUAUUUUGCUGGUGCUGUGGGCGGUCCUCGUCGGCACAUCUCGUGUGCUGCUGGGUCGACAUCAUCUGACAGAUGUUGGAUGCGGCUUUGCCUUGGGAUUCCUCCAUUACAGUUUAGUGGAGAGGGUGUGGUUGUCUUCUAGCACUUGCCAGACUAUUAUCUCCAUAGGUACAUUUAACUGGAGCCCCUUUUACUGACCUUUGCGUGUUAUCUAAUAGAUUUCCAAUGUCUUUGCAUCUUUUUUUCUGUUAAGUGCCCUCAAUCUAAAUUGAAAAAAAAAAACAUCAGCAGCAUUAUUUGUAUUUAAACAUAAAUCGGCACAUAUCUAUAGGUCUAAUUUUACAUUUUAUUUUCCUACUUGUGCCAAAGUAAUACAAAAUGUUAGGAAAAGCACAUUUUCCCACCUAUUAUGCCAAUUUUUCUCAGGUGUGUCCUGAAUCUGUGUACCCCACGGAUCAUUUAUUAUGGUGGGAGAAAAAGCGUGCUGUUUUCGUGUCUGUACCUUUAAAUGCAAAUGAGCUACUGCUUCUCACUCCCUUACCAAAAUAGACAAGUGAGUGCUUUCAUUUUAAAUAGAUCUGAUUCCUGUGAACAGUCUGAGACAAUAGCAUCUCACUAUUGAUAUAUGGCGGACAGCUACAACUCGCUGAUGGUAAUUCAAGACUGUCAGUUAGUGUUGUGGGCGGGGCUUUAUCAGUGUGAUGUCACAUUAACAAGAGAAUCAAAAUGGCAUGUCUAAUAAGACAUGGGAAUUAAAAAAAGAAGGUGUGGGGUGGUUGUGUUCACACUUGUCAAAACACAUUUAUGUCCAAACAUACAUUUUGCAUAAUAGGUGCCUUUGCAUAAAAGGGAUGCUGAUGUAAGUAUACUUACUGCUUAUAUUGAUAAAGGCCAAAUCAGUAUGUGUAAUAUGUUUGUGAUAGACGAUAAUGGAUUUUAUUGAUCACAGUCUGAGAACAUUUGCUCAGGGACUUUCUCAAGCAGCAUCAAAAAUUAUGUCAGAUUUCUAUUUUCUUGGAAUUGUAUGUCAAUUUGAGAUUUUAUACAAUGCAUUUGAGAUGUUUUGAAUGAUCAUGGAUGAUCAUGGACUGUUUUGAAACUGUUUGAACUGCACUGGUUGUCCGGAGUUUAAAUUAAGUUAUUAAUAUCAUGUUAUUCUGUGACGUGUCAGAUGUACAUUGAUAAAAUUACUUCAGUAUUUAUACUGAGCAUUUCAAGCACACGUUUCACUUUUACAAGAAUAGGUUCUUUGUAUAAAAUUGUAUGUUUUAUAUCCAAAUUCUGCAAUCCCCAGGUGUGUCAUUUUGUAUGAUUUCCACAGUAUAGGCCUUUCAUAAACAAGAAUCAGGUGAAUUAAUGAGAUGCAUAAUGAGAUGUCUUCUACUGCUGUACAAACUCAAAAAUGGCAUAAAACUAUGACAAAAAAAUAAAUAAAAAAGUUGUUCAUCUUC